UGGUGGUCACAAAAGUUUCAGACAUGUACCACUAGUGCGUGUUUGUAAUCAUCAUAUUUAAGAUAUUCUUUAGGAAAAUGACGUCGAUAUUGAGAAGCUAUUGGAGAUUAUCGCGAAGUUUACCAUUUGCUACGCCAAAAUGUUAUGCUGUCGCAUCUCCGACAUUGAUAAGAUGUAAUACUACGACUAGCAGCGAGAAGACCGAGAAAACUGAGACUCGUCCCACGAUACGGAAACCCAGUCAUGUUGAUGUUGAUCGUCUGAUAAACUUUGGUCGCUAUAUCAAUGAUUGUCUACCUAAAUACAUACAACAAGUACAGCUGACUGCUGGUGACGAGUUGGAAUUGUUAAUCACUCCUGAUGGCAUCAUCCCAACGUUUACAUUUUUAAAAGAUCAUCAUAAUACACAGUUUGUUAAUCUGUCAGAUAUUACUGCUUUAGAUGUACCCAGUAGACAAUAUAGAUUUGAGCUUGUCUAUAAUCUACUAUCAUUGCGAUAUAAUUCACGUAUCAGAGUGAAAACGUAUACUGACGAGUUGACGCCAGUUGAUUCCCUCUACAGUGUAUUUAAAGCUGCUGAUUGGUACGAGCGAGAGGUAUGGGAUAUGUUUGGUGUAUUCUUCUCGAAUCAUCCGGAUCUUCGUAGGAUUCUUACAGACUAUGGCUUUGAAGGACAUCCACUGAGGAAAGAUUUUCCACUCAGUGGAUAUGUUGAGGUUCGCUACGAUGACGAACAUAAAAGAAUAGUGAUUGAACCAUUAGAAUUGACGCAAGAAUUCCGUAAAUUUGAACUAGCCGCCCCAUGGGAACAGUUUCCUAACUACCGGGAUGCUCCAGCAAUUGCUGAACCUAUCUCGAAAGAAAAAUAAGUGCUUUCAUUUAGAUCAUAGUCACUUAGAUCAUAAUUCGAGCAAGCAGGUAUAAAUAUAUCGAUAAAGUGUAAAAUAUAUGAUAAAUAUUCUUUUCUCUUGUGAACCAUUUCUAAGUGUCCAAUUCGGGCAUUUGUUUUGGAAA